AUGUCCCAGAGGGCCUGUUGCACCUGCGCAACACUCCUCGCCGAUGCUCCCGGCGUCUCUUCCACAUCCGAGAAAGCGUUACCUCAAGAGAGACAACUAGACUGCUGCGGCCGGGUCAUCUGUGGUGACUGCAUAUACACAAACCCCCGCUUCCUAAGUUAUUGUCCCUAUUGCCAGACCUCCAGACGCUCCCCCUUACGCUCGAGCAUCCGCACCGUCCAGCGGCCAAGUGGUGAGAGAGAAAGCAGGCCAGAAAGCGACCCGCCCCCUUAUUACUCCGCCAUCGCCCCAGCCGUCUCACCACCGCCCUACACGCCCUCCUCGUCUACAGACUCCCCACCACAACCACAACCACAGCCGGACGAGAAGAAAGAACCAGCCCCAGCUUCACAACCCGGCUACACGAUCCACCACCUCCGGCACCCACCCCACCCGGACGCGGACACAAUCGUGUCCCUCUCCCUGCGAUACGGGAUCCCCGCCUCCGUCCUGCGCCGCCACAACAACCUCGCCGCAGACGCCGACUACCUCCUGGCAGCGCGGCACACCCUCCUGAUCCCCACAGCCUACAUCACACGUCAUCGUCGUCGGCCUCCUCCUCUUCCUGGAGGCGACCAGAUCAACAACGGCGGCGAGGGAGGAGGGUUAUCAGUGUCGCCGUACCCGGUGGAAGACGACGCCGAGAGGGAGCGGAAGACGACGAUCCGGCGGUGGAUGGUGGCGUGCAAAGAGGCGGACUACGACACGGCCGUCGUGUAUCUGGAGGAGAGCGGGUACGACUUCGCAGAGGCCGUCAGGCGCUAUUGGGACGACGUUGCGUGGGAGCGGGCCCAUCCGCUGGAGACUCAUGCGAAGGGGAAAGGGAAGGGGAGGGGAGGAAGAAGGGGUUGA